AUGACAGACUUUAGACGGCACAGAAAGUCAGUUGAGAAAGAAGCUGAGCUGGCACAUCUUGUCGAGGCAGAGAAAGCGAGAGCAGUAAGCCGAGCGAACCUACAGCAGCAAGAGAUCCAGAAGUCUGAGGUUGAACGAAUUAGGCUUCUGUCAUUGCUCUCUUCAGUCCAUUGGGAACAGCAACAUUCUAGAAUACUUGACUUGAGACAUCCAGGUACUGGAAUCUGGAUUGUAACUCAAGAGGUAUUUGGACUGUGGAGAUCGGCUACAGGAACACCUCAGCAACGAUGUCUCUGGUGCUACGGUAUUCCCGGCUCUGGAAAAACCAUUCUCACAGCUGGCGUGAUCAAUGCUCUGUCGCAAGAAGUGGACUGCCAACAUACUGCUGUGGCUUAUUUCUAUUGCGAUUAUGCUGAUCACGAGACUCUUGACGCUUCCGCUAUACUGGGCACAAUCAUCCAGCAAUUGCUGGUCGUCAGGUCUAGUAUAGAUGAAGUAACAGCGGUAAAGAUUCGAGAAGCGUAUGGUGAUGGAAUGCGAAAACCUCUACCUUGUGACCUGACCAAAAUCCUGGAAGGUAUCAUUCACAAUUACCACCAUUGUGUUUAUAUCAUCCUUGAUGGUGUGGAUGAAGCUAGUCCAGACACGCAAGAGAAGCUGUUCGGCAGUUUUGCGAAGCUUUUGACAUCCUGCGGUACGCUUCUGAGGCUGUACUUUUCGACUCGUGAGAUCACUCUGAUGUCAGACCACUUCCCAUCGUGCCUGAGCUUCGAUGUUUCGGAAAGCCGCGUCGCUGAGGACAUCGACCAUUAUGUCAAAGUGUCUGUUCAACAGAGGCUUCACAGUCUUCCGGUCAUGCUCAAUCACCCCUAUCUAGAAGAAAACGCGGUUCUUGAGCUUACAGCAAAAGCGCAUGGACUGUUUCUUUGGGUCUCUCUUCAAAUGGAGGAACUUUGCGAACCGUCUCAUUCUGAGCGAAGCUUCAAGUCUGCCUUACAAGACCUACCGGAAGGGCUGACAGCAACCUACGAGAGAAUUUCUCAAAAGAUUGCCUGCCGUUCCGUACGUCAGAAAGCUCUCGCUGAAAGGAUCCUUAAUUGGGUUGUCUGUGCCAGGCGCCCGCUGAGGUUUGACGAGCUCAAAGAUGCCGUUGCCGUUGACUUUGAUGACGUCUCGUGGGACAGAAGAAAGUUUUCGGCAGAGACUGAGGGGAAACGUUUCCUUCAUGUGUGUGGAAAUCUGGUCGUAUUCCACGAAAGAGACAGUACAGUCCGCCUUGCUCAUCACACGGUUGGGCAGUUCCUUGACGAACAGAAGAGUCACCAUUCACAGACCGACGUCAGAAUCGGCAAGAUUUGCUUGACAUACUUGGGCUUCUCUGAUUUCGAGACCCAAGUGAUUCCUUUUAGAAAGAACCAAGACCUCUUUGGUGCACAAUCUUCAAGACAGGCGGGCUUUCCCCUUAUCCCCCAGGUUCUGGGUUUCAGCAAUGUUGACUUUCAUCGAUAUCCUGAUGCCUACGAUUGGCCGGCGAUGAACAUAUUUCUAGAUGGGCGAACAGAGAAACAGAUCCUCCAACUCUGUCUGCAGGAAGAUCCAUCGGUUUUCUCAACCCCACAUAUCAGGGCCCGCGCUUUGGAAGAUGCCAACUCAGGAGUUAUUCAAAGUCUAUUGCGAAGUGGGGCGAACUUGCAAAAGACCGAAAUUGAUGCAACCAAUGCCCUGCACAUUGCUAGUCAAAGAGGAAAUCAAGAUCUUGUCAAGAUACUCUUGGAUCUCGGUGCAGACGCCAAUUCACGAUCUUCUAAAGAUGAGCGCGGAAGGACUCCUUUAUACGAGGCGCUCGUGAACAAUGGGUCGGGCAAUCCUGACCAUCGCAGGACUUGUGUAGAUCAUGCACGUUCAAGUUCGUCUCUUGACAUGAUAGAGCUUCUCCUGGACCAUGGCGCAGAUCCUAAUGCCAUGCAAGAGGGCAAGGAAACGGUCUUACAUAAGGCAUUAGUGUUCGCAAACAGUGAGGCCAUACAGAAAUCACGCAUGCACAAGUAG